GCCCGUCAAUCACUCCGCCACGCCGCCCUCUCUCCACUUCUCCUCGCCCACGCCGCCAUCUCUCCAAUUCUCCUCUUCUUCCACCUCCUAAUCCAUCCCAAUCCAUCUAAUGGGAUCCCUCCAAUCCGUUCGCUGAUGUGCAUCGCCUCAAUCACAUGAACGGGGAUCGAUUGGCUUGGUGGGCGGACUGACGGGGACUCGGCGGGCGGGUGGUCGGGCGAUUGGAGGCCGUGGAGGUCGGGACAGAGACCGGCUGGUGUGUGCGUUGGGGCCAACGACGGCGAUUGGGCGGGAAGGUCGCAGGAAUCGUCUGCUGCAACGAGCAAGUUCCUCUCCAGCCUAUAGGUGGAUUAAGCAGAGCAAGCACGAGUACAGCCAUCCUGCCUAGGGUAGCUGCGCCUCAGAUUAACGAUGGCGAGGAUACCAAGACGACUUCGGGACUUGAACCUUACAAUGCAUGAUGCAGAACAUGUGCAGCUUGCUGAAGAAAAUCUGCAAGGUCCUCCAGAGAUUGAUAAUAUAGUACCAGGAAGAUCUCAUGAACCCACUAGCCAAAUCAAGAUAAUUUGGUCAAAUGGAGAGACGCGGCAGAUUGUAGGGGAAUUUCGGCUGAAGAAUUUAUCCCAGGUACAUGGAGGAAAGAUAAUUGUGGAGACUAACGAAAAAGGUGUCCGAAUGAAAGGUCUGGUUCCAUUCUUAGUAGCUCUCUUAGCGACGUUGCAGAGAACUCCACAUUUGCACCACUGAACAUUCCAAGAUGGGACAAUGAAUUAUUUGUCCAGAGAAAGAACAACAUGAUCAAGGAUGUAGAGGAGAAAUUUGUCUAUCCAUCUGAGACAAAGCAGCUUACACGAGACUGGGUCCUAAUGACUGUUUGCAAAAGAUGGAGAGCCUACAAAUCUCGCUUGAAGAAAAAAUAUUUCAAACGAAAAGAGAGGUCUCUCCAGGAAAUUAUUAGUGAUGUUCCAAUAGGUGUUAAUAAGCAUCAAUGGGAGACUCUAGUUGGAAUGUGGUGCAAGGAUUCACACAUGAAGUUAUGCGAGAAAAAUACAGAGUGUGCGAAGCAACAGAAGAAUCCACACACAACCGGGAGAAAAAGCCAUGCCAGGCUACAAAAAGAGAUGGAAAUCAAAAGGAAAGCACCAAUCCACAAGAUUGACCUAUGGGAUAAAGCUCAUAAGAAAAAAGAUGACAAUUACACAAGCGACAAUGUGAAGACAAUAAUGCUAAUGAGGAGUUAAAAAAAAGGAAAAUUGAUCAUAAUGGUAGCCUUUCCAUUGACGAUUAUACUGAAGCCUUUAAAGGUGCACUUAAUAAAAGGGCAAAACUUCGAGGUUACUAUGAUGAAAAGUAUUGGAGCGGAGUAAAUGUUUCUCAGGGGAUAACUUUUGUUGGGAAAUCUGAUCAAGAAAAUCUUCAGUUUGAAGUACACAUGGUGAAAGAUAAUGUAGAAAAUGUCAAAGAUGAUGUAGAGGACAUCAAAGGUGAUGUAAAGGAAGUCAAAGGUGAUGUAGGGGAUGUCAGAGGUCAGAUGGCUAUGAUUGCUGCAUUCCUUGCCAAAAAGUUUCCUGGAGAGAUUUGCAGAAAUGAAGUGGAUUCUCCUACAGAAAAUUAUCAAGUUACCAUAUCAAAAGCAGUUAUAUUUGUGCAAAGAUGAAAUUAAUGAACACUGAUAUAGUAUUACCAUAAUUUUAUUGCAGGUCACUCCACAUGACAGAGAUAACAAUCUCCAAUCUAAAUCUUAUAAUGUUCUUGAACAAUCAAAUAAUGAUGUGCAGGAGCCACAAACUACCAUGCAGGAGUUGCAGCAAACCAAAUCAAAAGAGGGUUGUGGCAAUGCGCAUUUACCACACGAACAUGUGAUCACUAAGAAUGUCCAUACUGAAAAUAAUCUUGUAGUGCAGCAAGGUGGCCCUGAACCAAGUUUACGACUUCACCAAGUCACUAACCAGAAUGAUCAUGCUCAAAAUAGCAAUGCAACCAAGCCAGAUGGUCAUCACCAAGUCACAAAGCAGGAUAAAGUUGAAGUCGUGUUGUAUUCGAUGAACUUGAGAAACAAAGACAAACUUGUGGCCAAAGGAACUUUAGAGAGUAAAGAGAAAACAUAUGUGGUUGGAGGAAACAUGCUUGGAGUGCAAUACGUUGCAGUUCGUGUUCGCGGCUGUACAUAUCUAGGAGAUGAGAAACUAGUUAGACCAUAUGAAAAAUUCCAAACAGUAAGGGAUGCUAUGGGUUCUGUUAUUGCUUGGCCUCGCUCACAUGUAAAAAUAGUUAAGCCAACCCCUCCAGCACAACCACAGAGCAUUGGACGGUGAGGAUUUGAAAAGUGAGUGCAUUAAAGGAGCUAGGAGUGGCUGGGGAGCACUUGAAAAGGGAGUGCACUGGAGGAGUCGGGAGUAGUUGAUGAAUCUAUCUUUAAAUCAACAAAUAUUCUAGAUUAUGUAUAGAAUUUAGCUUCAUAGACAAAAAUAGUUCCAGUCUAUAGGAUCUUUUCUUAUUUAUUUGCAUCAUCGCAUGUUUCAUAUGAAUGUUACAUAUUAUUCAGCUGUGAACUCCAAGUACUUUCAGUGGAUACAUUGUUCCUGCUAAUUAAUGCAUUGGAUGUUGUUACU